AUGAGGCAGAGCCUCACGAGCAGAGGCCUCGACGUCCCCGAUGUCUAUACCGACUCCAGGGAGGCCUUCGGUCUGAAGUAUCUGCGCCUCAAGCGCGAGCACCCUGCGGUAAGCAAGGGACGGGAGGCACACCGGCACACUGGCAGGCAAGACCAUUAACAGUAGUUUGCCUGCUCACUUGCUGCAGGAGUGCAAGGCCUUCCUGGAGUCGGUCCGGGGGACGUGGGAGGGCCGGGACAUGAAGCUGAUGAUGCUCAAGUACGAUGCCGACGCCGACCAGGUACGUACGUACAUCGCACACACAUCCAUCUGCACACAAGACACAACCAACUGAUGCUCUCUGCUCUGCUGUGCUGUGCUGUGCUGUGCUCUCUGGGCAAUUCGCCGUUCUGCAGAAGGAGGCUGCCAAGACCUCCACCGACCACCACAGCCAGCACCAGCAGCAGCCUGCCGGCACCACCAGGAAGGUGCUCGUCAGGGCUGGGGAGUGGGGUGAGGGCGCCGAUGGCUAUUAUGCCAGCGCCCUCACCCAGUGGGACCUGGCCCACUGGCAGCGGAGGGGGGCGUGUUGGGUGGUGACCUGGACGGUGCCCGAGGAGGGGUGCUGCUGCGUCGAGGCGGGGAGGGGCCGGAGGGUAUCAUUCUCCACGGCGGUAUGAAAGGUCCUAUACACAGAAGGAACAGAAAUCAGUCAAGUGCAUUUCCUGUUCGUGUCUGUGCUUUCGGGUGGUGUGCAGAUCGCUGGCUACAUUCUAUAUCUUGAUCGACCGAUGACGCCUUCGGACCGCACCGCUGUCUGGCCGUUUGCACGUCGACUGUGAGCUGUCGACAUACACUAUAUAGUGAUCAACUCCAGUGUGCGUGUCUCGUGUCUGUGUGUGCAGAUAGAUCGCCGUCUCUCGUCUUAUAUUUGUGGACUUAUACGGCUGCGAUGCCCCUACUCCAUCCAAGUCUGCGCCCGGCGGCCCGGUAGGUACGUCAGUGAGGGAGAAAGGAGGACGAUAAAAGCACUUCAUCAUCGUGUCCCUUCUUGUCUGUUGAUGCAUCUUUGGCGGCUUCGGCCGCCACCGAGAGACGCAUGGUGGCCAAGCAAUGAUGGUGGGGCCGUCGUGGACAACAUCUACGACAACACUGACUUCGCCAACGAGCCAGACGGCAGUUUCGUGUC